UAAGAUCGAGGGGAAUUGGAAACCCUGUUCCCACUUCAAUUAGGACCAGGCAGAACGGUGAGCAGACAGUAGUCGGAUUCACGCUUCUGCCCUCCACUCGUUUACACCCAGCAACCACCUCAUCCCAUCCCUUAUUCUCUCUGUCCAUCCCUAGGCAGCGAUACUCACACACACACACACACACACACACACACACACACACACACACACACACACACCACACACACACACACACACAACACAACACACACACACACACACCACACACACACACACACACACACACACACAGGCGGUGAUCAAAGCCACCGAAUCCAAGGCAUGUGCGACAGUGUCCGUUGAGAUGAAGAGCUGAGUUCAAAACGACAGAAGAAUGAAAAUGCUCCGGUUUCGCAGCCCAAGCAUCCGCUCGUUGGACCAGGAAACCCUCUGCACGAUUCGGUUACUGGACGACUCUGAGAUCUCAUGCAGCAUCCAGAGGGACACUAAGGGACAGUUCCUCCUGGACCAUGUGUGCAACCACUACAACCUCCUGGAGAAAGACUACUUUGGCAUCCGAUAUGUGGAUCCUGAGAAGCAGAGGCACUGGUUGGAUCCCAGCAAGCCUGUGGUGAGACAGAUGAAGGCUCAACAGCCCUACAUGAUGUGCUUUCGAGUCAAGUUCUAUCCCAACGAGCCAAUGAAGAUCAAGGAAGAGCUCACCAGGUAUCUCCUGUACCUCCAGUUAAAGAGAGACGUCUAUCACGGCCGUCUCCUCUGUCCAUUUGCAGAUGCUGCCUAUUUGGGAGCCUGUAUCAUACAGGGGGAACUAGGGGAUUACGACCCAGACGAACAUCCUUCCGACUAUAUCCGGGACUUCAAACUUUUCCCUAAGCAAUCCCUGAAACUGGAGCGGAAGAUCAUAGAGAUACACAAGAAUGAGCUCAGGGGCCAGUCAGCGGCCUUAGCUGAGCUCAACAUGGUCCAAAGGGCUCACACUCUGGAGACAUACGGGGUUGACCCUCACCCAUGCAAGGACUUCACAGGCUCCACCGCCUUCCUUGGGUUCACAGCCACAGGGUUCGUGGUCUUCCAGGGCAACAAAAGGAUCCACCUUCUCAAAUGGGCCGAUGUGAGCAAGCUGAAGUUUGAGGGGAAGACCUUCUACGUCAUCGGCAUUCAAAAGGAGAAGAAGCUGGUGUUGACGUUUCAUACCUCAACCCCAGCAGCGUGCAAGCACUUAUGGAAGUGUGGGGUGGAGAACCAAGCCUUUUACAAGUGUGCUAAGUCCAGUCAGAUAAAGACGGUGUCCAGUAGCAACAUCUUCUUUAAGGGAAGCAGGUACCGAUACAGUGGCCGUGUAGCAAAGGAGGUGAUCGAGGCCAGCUCUAAGAUACAGAGAGACCCUCCAACAGUGCGUAGAGCCCAGUUUGGCCAGAGUAGAAGUUACAACUCUUUGAGCCACAAGAACCUCAUCAUGAACAUGGAGCCUCUGGUUCCUGCGCUGCCCUCCACCAACGAGUACGAAGAGACGGCCACAGACAAUGUUUCUUAUUUCCUUUCCCUGUUCUGCUCCAUCCUCCCUCUCUCCCCAGGGGUGGUGGCCCUGAAGGAGGCGGCCCAUCUCUCCCAGCUGGAGGCCCCUCCCACGGAGGCGGAGCUAUGUGACCCCGGCCCGGUGAACGCUCCGGCCGGCGACGAUGUUUCCCCGGCGGCGGCGGCGGCGGCGGCCCGGGUUUUCACGGAAACCUCAAACGGACGGCCACAGACUUCCAAGCCAGAGCUGGACGAGGAGGAUGAGGAGUCGUCGAACGAAGCGCUGACCAUCUCCGAGCUCGUCUACAGCCCCUGUGCCAGCAUGCUGCCCACGCCGGUGGAGGACAACCAGGGGGGGGUGGACCUGCUGUUCUCCUCCCCGGUGCAGAGCCCCGCCUGGCUGCUGAGGGAGCUCCACGCUGACCCCGACAUCCAGGCCCAGCUGGAGGCGGAGAGGGAGCGCGACCGCGCCUACGAGCGCGUCCGCCAGGCGGGGAGGAGCCGGGUGGGCGGAGUCCUGAGCAGCGGGCUCCGCCUCCUCUCGUCCAACGAGCGGGCGAACGCCUGCCUGCUCAGCGUGGCCCGCUUCGUCGCCGUGGUGACGGGCGUCCUGCUGGUCGUCGUGCCGACGCUGCUGCUGCUCCUGGAGUCCGACAUCGACGUUUCGUUCCUCCACGAGAUCCGGCAGACGCCAGAGUUUCAGCAGUUCCACUACGAGUACUACUGUCCGCUGAGACGCUGGGCUCUCUGCAAGAUCGGCAAGGCCUUGGAGAAACUCUGGUCAGACUAAGAGAGAGCAGAGGCUUUGGAGAAGCUCUGGUCGGACUGAGAGACUGAGGGGUUUGCUGAAGCUCUGGUAAGAUUGAGACACUGAGGGUUUUGGAGAAGCUCUGGUCGGACUCAGAGACUGAAUGACACAGAGGAAAGAUGGGGAGAUGGGGGAGGAAAGGUGUGGAGGCAUUGCUGAAAAACAAAAGUGGGUCUUUAUCUUUAUAAUCUUGUUUUAUUAAGAGAUAUCUACAGUGAAGGACGUUGGAAAUAAUUCGAUUAAAUUAAUUUGACUUAAUUUGACAAAUCAAUACAAAACAAGGAGGUGUUCUUUACAGAGAAAGUGAAUAAAGAUUAUAAGCCCAAAUACAGGAUACAGUCAAAAGUCAAGUGUAAACUUUUUCCUAGUAACGAAGUGGCACAGAAGGGGUGGAGCAAGUCUGAGAGAGGAAGAUAUUAAGGGGAGACCUAUUGACAGGAUGAUGAAUAUGACAACAAAAACAAUACAAAAGAGGACAGUAAGGAUAUAGAAAAUUAGAUAUAACAAAAGAGGACAGUAAGGAUAUAGAAAAUUAGAUAUAGCAAAAGAGGACAGUAAGGAUAUAGAAAAUUUGUUGUUUAAAGUGUGUCCACUCCUGACUCGAAAAAGGCUUUUGGUGUGAUGCUUCGGUUGGCUGCCUGAGUGAUCAGAAUCCCACACAGAAACGUCUUGUUAAAAGAAAAUGUCCAAUUGGUCCCCAGAAGAUGUCGGUCAUGCAGGAGAAGGAGGCGGGAACAGAAGUGACAGAUAAUUGAUUUGACUGGAUCCCUAAAACACUGGCUGUAACAAUAGUGACAGUAAAUACACAGAGUAUACAUCUGUAUAUUUACAAAACAAAAAUAAUACCGGUGAUGACAAUACCAAUGUUUGAGGAGUUGUUUUUAAUAUUUUGUAACUUUUUAUGUGAUCCAAAUGUUUCAGGAUUUUUUCAGUCAGAGGAAAUACUUUGAUCUUAUUUUCGCCUUAAGAGUUUACAAAAGAUAAAACAAAAAAAAAUGAAAGAAUUUUACCGGGAAAGGGUUGUGGAGAAAAUUUGAACUAUAUUUUAAUACUACCAUCAGCAUGAGUAAAAUUGGUAGCGCCCUGGGAUUUUCCUACCGAAAGUCAUAGCACAACUAUUUUACACUGACCACAAAUGUCAACUGUUUCAGAUUAUUUGAUGUCAUUUCCGAGUGUAAGAGGAAGAGGUGAGAGACGUUUAGGAUGAUUGCGAUGAUGAAACUUGUUUUAUUAAACACUGAUGGGGAUGGCCCACUAUGGCUAAGAAGGACCUUAUUAAAUCUGUAAUAGGAUUUUAAGCGAAGGAGAAUGAAUUAACUCAAAUGUGUUAUAUGAAAAAAAGAAAAGUCACUGUUGUUUGUUCAUGUUGAUGACUUCAACGAGUAACCCAACCCAUGUGUACCUCCAAAUGGUUCCCAUUCCCAUCACAGCAUGCUCGAAAAACAACAUUUAAGGAGGUGAUGUAUAGGCUGACAUCAAAUACAAAAGAGGUCCGGUACGUGAAAAAUUAAACUAUUUACUUUGAAAUAAGUUUAGUCUAAGUUUCAAAAGACUAUUAGUCACUUUCCCAAAACAUGUUCCUAAUUUUCUUUUCGAAUAAUUAUUUUUAUUUAUUUUUAUCUUGGGCAUUAUCAAAAGACAACCAUAACCCCUUAAAAUAACAGUAACAGGUUACUAACAAUAACCAAAAUCGAAAUGAAAGGCUCCAGACUUUAUUAUCAAACUGAUAACCAACACUCAUAAACCUCCUCAAUAUUCAAAACCAUCUAAAAACUUGGUAUGCAGCUUAAUGAAGCACGGUUUAUGUAUACAGCGCCUAUUUACUAUCUCAUAAUGUGCAUCGAUGGGAAUGCUGAAAGUCAUCAGUUAAUUUUGAAUUAUCUUCUCAGGAAAGUAAAAUAUCUAGCCGUAUAUAUUGAAGUACAAGCAAGUUGUACAGCCACUUCAGUAAGCAUGAACUGUGCAGCAAAAUUUGCAAAAAAAUACCACCUCAAAUUAUGACCACCAAAUAAUCGACCAUUCAUUAUAAAAUAAUGAAACAUGAAAAACUUCGAAAGAAUAUAUAAUUUAUUAAAAGUUUCACUAAUUGCAGUCAUGCUUCUUAGACAGGUUACUAACACAAUUAAAAAAAAUAUCAAAAUUUUUCCAACAUUUUCAUACACCUGAAGGCGAAUAAUUAAAAUAUUGUCUGUGGUUCAGAAAUCAUCAAGAAAUGUUGUUAAACUGCAACAUUAAUUUAUUGUUUGAAAGUGAUUAUCCUUUUACUUUCAUUAAUUGCUCUUGGUCUUUUUGAGACGAAUGUCAUUAUUGUGCUCAUUGCCAUUGAAAUCCUCUCAAAAUAAUUUAAAUUCAAUAUCAAUCUAAUAUUGCUGCAUCAUAUUUCUAUAAACCAAAAUAUGUACCGUAUUAACCAUUGUGUGUUGUCACUUAAAUUGACUGACUUUAUGCAUUAUUCAGCUUUAUACAUAACCAAAUAUGCAGUUGAAAACAAAAACUAUUGAGGGAGAAAUCAACUAUUUUCCUAUUCUAAUACAUGCACUGCAUUCUGUUGCUUAAACCAAGGGCCAAACCACUAUGAUAACCACAACAAAUACUACUUCUCAGAACUAUCCAGCCGUCAGAGAGCUCUGAGGUGUUCCACAGCUUCACCCCUGGGCAAAGCUGACCCGUAUGCACUGAUCUAUACCAUGAUACCACGCCACCUGUGUGCACUAAUAUGUAGGGUGAGAUGCGUCACCAAGACCUUGCUGUAAACCCUGUCUCCGUCUCUGACCGCACCAUCAACCCUCUUCUGCUAGAAUAGACUACGUGCAUGUCCACAACAUGCAAGAGUGGUUUUGUGUGUGGAAACAUGCUUAAUUUACACAGCUGUAUAAAUAUAAUGUGUGUUCUGUGGCUCUUUGGUUCUGUUACUGUAGCUCCAUACCGUAGGCUACCUUUGGUUUUUGACAUGGGGGGCGGGGAUGACCAUUUAUCGCACCGUUUGAGCAACAGCAGAUUUUUUUUUAACACAGACCGCAUGUCUAUGUAUGUAAAUAAGAUGUUUAAAGCUGUGGCACAAAAAAACAACAAACCGAAAAACAAGUGAUGUCGUUCUUUGUUCCCCCUGCGGUUUUUCUUGUCCCAUGCCUGGCUUUGCCAUUCUGAUCAGUGCAUGUUCUCUAUGUUUAUUAUCGAGUAGAGAAACAAAAGGAAACACUCCAUUUUAAGCUAACAUGGACAAAUGGUAGCUUUACUUGACUGAAUUUCAAUUUAAUUCUUUUUUUUUUUUUUUCUUUCUUUAAGGACUUUAUUAUUUAAUAACUACUGUAGUGUCUGAUAACAUUAUUGAAUUACGAAUAUAUUUGAAAUAAUAAUUUGGUAAGUAAUACAAGUAUUAAUUCAUAAAGAAGUACAAAUUCUAAACAAAAUGCAUCAAUGUCCCACAAUGGUAUUAUUUAGAAAACAUGUAUUGUCUAAAAAACCUGAAUCUUUUAAAUAAUUUCUUGUGAAUGGACUGAACAGAUUACAUUGCAGUUUACACCAUCUUUAAUUAAAGCAAACAUCCAAACAAAAGGCCGUUCAAUCCUACUCUUGACUGAGAUUUGUGGUCCAAUGGCAUUGUAGCAUCAAUUUAGCUUAUAGCCUCUUGACUUUUUAAGAGGAUUUUAAACCCUUUGCAUUUGCAUAUUUUGCUUUCUGUGUUGACUUAGAUAUACUGUGAUUUAAAAAAAAGAAUCAGAUCACUCACAAGUUGAUGUCAUAAUAGCAAACUCAGAGUGUCAAGACACAAGUCAAAUAUUUAACAACUUCUAAAUUAUGAUUACAUCAAGAAAAUUGUAACCGAACCCAGGGUCAAGACAAUGUUUAAAUGGGCUAAAGUGCUGUUUUAAUUAUUUUACUUAACUCGAUUUUAAAUAUUUGUGCUCAGGUCUAUGAUAUGCAAGAUGAUAUCAAAUUCACAUGGUCUACAAUGAAUUGAAGAUGUUUUAAUGGAUUAUUUGAGUGUUGUAUGGGCAUGUCAAGUAGCAUAUUUUUCGCACGCUUUUAGCACUGUUGUUUUACCGGAACCUUGUCGUUUGUUUUAUUAAUUCAGUCAAAAAGAAACUCUGGGAGAAACUUUCAGAUCAAUGAAGCAUAAAAAAAGGAUGAAUCAGUGAAAACAAGCACGUUUUCCAGAGGUGUAAGCCACCGGACCCCUCUUCUUUCCCCCUCCCCCGUCGGGACAACCAAGCCUUAUUAACUUUGUAAAAGUGAAAAUGUUGUAUGUUUGUUUGUUAUCAAAGACAACAACAUGGGUUGUUUUCUAUGUUAAUACUGCCACAAUAAAGCCCCUGACGAAUAUAGAUUCAGA